UUCAGUGGCAGGGGGAUGUUUUCCAUGUGCAAGUGGUAACCUCUGUACCAGUAUGCCCACUGUAAUCCUGCUGGAUGUGUCCCUGUCCAUGCUGCGGCCAGUCUCUGGGACAGACGGUACAGAAGAAUAUCAGAGAAGACACCUGGCCAUACACGGCAUAGGAGCUUUCUUGGACCACCUCUCUGCCAAUAGUAAACUGGAGUUUGUAUCCCUGAUAAUAUUUUCUUCCUUAUGGGAGCAGUUGGUUCCAUUUACACGUGACUAUGACAUCAUCAAGGCCGCCUUGGAUAAAACAGAAAACUUUGACAAGACUUUCACUGAGGCUGCUCUCGCUGCAGCGGGGUCUGUCAUUACAGAAGAAUGGGGGUCAACAUCCUCAACUCCGGCACAGGUGAUCCUGGUGACAGAUGGCAGCACUGGUAUUGGAUCUGGAUCUCUGAAACAUUCCUUACAGACACUUCAUGAUAGGACAGCAGACGACACAUUUCCUCUGCCAUUUCAGUUUCCCUGUAAACUUCAUGUAGUUCCCAUUGUUAAUCAGAGUGAAGCUAAUUUACAGACAACACUGAAUAUGUACCAAAAGCUGAUUGACUUGAACAACCAAGGAGGGCAGUUAUUUUUACCAGAAGGAGCAUUGAGCCUAAAAAGCGUUCAGACUUGUUUCACAAAAAUGGCGGAACAGUGUUUUACGCCACUUUAUGCUGUGCUACAAUGUGGCCACUUGCAGUGUAAUGUCCAGGUUUACCCCCUUCCACAACCAUAUCACAGACAGCAAGAUUUCAAGAAUGUUCACAAGACAGUGAAUGAAGUGAUCAGUAUCUGUGGUUUCUUAGAUUCCACUGAUGUGGCCAGUCCACCUUUUAUAUCUCGACACCUUGUAUUGCCCAGAGCUAUAACCAAGGAGGAAUCACAUGACAAAGAAGAGAGCAAGGCUGAUGGUAAAGAUGAAGAUGAGGAUGGCACAGAGGAGGGCAAGACACCAUCUUUUACAGUACUUCUCCACGGCAGUCUUAAAGUUGAGGGCAUGGUAGCGCUGGUUGAGGUCAGUGAGGACUGGUAUGGGAUGCUGUACUCUUGGGCUGACAGUAAGAAGAAAUCAAAUCUCAUGUUGUCCAUUUUUGAACCUGGGACAGAUGUUCUCCCUUGGUUAGGAGAAUUGGACCAUCUGUCUGCCCACUCCUCAAUGCUAUUUCCUGAGCCACCUUACGGAUUUGAAGACAACCGCACGCCAUUCCCCGUCAGACCUCAGGACAGACGCAGCUAUGCACAGAACUGUGUCGUGUGGAUCAAGGCAACAGGACUACAGUCUGACAUACAGAAGAUUCUGCGCCACGCCCGUAAGCUGCCAGAGAAACAGCAGCAGUUCUACAAGGAGUUGAACAGGGUCCGUAAAGCAGCUCUUUCCUUAGGGUUUAUGGAACUUCUAGAAGCCCUGUCCACCAUGUUGGACCGUGAGUGUACUCUGUUGCCAGGAACAGCCCACCCAGACGCUGCUCUCCAGUUAUCACAUGCAGCAAACUCUUUAAGGUCGGACAAUGCAAAGGAAUACAGUCAAAAUAUUCUCCCUCUGAGUACUAACUUCAGCGGUGAAUAGAGAUCAAACCACCAUUGAUACCAUUACAUUCUCCAACUUGGGUGGGGAAAUGUCCACUUCAUUUACUUUGUGUACAUUUUGGAAAGGUUGGAGAUACGACCUUUUUUUAAUAAUUGAACAAUGAAAAGUUAACCUGCAUCAAAAGAUUUUUACUAAGCAUUUUGGGAUUACCUUUUACCUCAUCAAAGGCAGGCAUCCCAUCGGAAGCUUUUAUGCCCAUUUGUAAAAUUUGUAAUUGCCAAGAAUAAAAGUAGCAUAAGUUAAACUAAUGAGUUUAAUUUAUUUUUCAUCAGUUUAGAUAGAUAGUUUAAUGUAUGAACAACACAGCUCAAAUCACUUAUGUAUAUUGUCUGAUGUCAUAUAUAAUAAAUGAUAAUGAUAAAAGUUCUGGUACACCAUAUUAAAGUAAAAACCGUUAAACCGUUUAUUCUUCAUCAUAUCCAAUUUACAAGAAUUUUUUUUUUUUUGAGAUCUGUGAAGCAUCUCUUCUCUGACACCUCCCCAAACACACUAUCA